AGAACGCCAUUCAACUAUGGAGAUUAAAACUAUCCACGAAGCAAGCUCCUGAAAGGGCAAGGUUGGACAUGUGUUUGCUGCAUGAUUUUGGUGUUAUUUGUGAUUUGCGAUGGUGUCCUUAUGGUGUCUUUGAGGAUGAAAAUACAAUGACGGAGGACAUACCUAAACUAGGUAUACUAUCGUUGGUGUGCGGAGACGGCACAGUUCGAAUUGUAGUAGUACCACAACCGAAUGCAGUGAGGGAAAACAUGUGCUCCAAAGAUGAUCAAGACACAACGAAAACCAUUUAUUAUAAAGGCAGCACGAUGUACAUUGGGACUUUUGAAUACGUCCGCCACUUGCUUAUCCUGGGGAGGACAUAAAAAACUUGCUGUUGGGCAUGGCAACGGUCACCUUAGUAUUUGGAACGUAGAAAGGGCCUUGAGACGUCCCAAUGGUAAUGAUAUCACGAAAUCGAAACUUUUCUUGAUGCUAUCGCUUUGUUGUAUGGAUUCAUGUAUCCGCUCGCUCAACUGGAAUGGUUAUCACGACCCCACUAAAAUAUUCAUGGGGGGCUAUGACGGUCAAGUGUUGGUAUUUGAUACCCUUGAUCCAUUCUUUACGAAAACAAUGUUUCGAAGCAGAGGGCUUGUCUGUGGGACAGCAUGGAGUCAUCAUUCGCAUAUUUUGUUUCACAUCGAUAGCGACGGCCAUUGCAGAGGAGAAGGCUUUGCUAAAGACAACACGCAAGUUGGAUUCAAAUACGGUCUCGUACAAGGAUUUGUUUGGGAAAUGUGCGUCUCGCCCCACCACGGCCAUUUCGCCGUGGUAUCGGCUUUGGGCUGGGUCAGAUCGAACAAUAUGUUUAUGAACAAAAAGAAAAAGCUUAGUGUUGUGCAAAAAUCAGUCUAUAAAUUGCAUUACGAUGAAGAGACCGACGAACUUCGAUAUAUCGAUGGCAUAGGUUAUCAUAAUUUGGAUGAACUGCGAGCUUCUCCAGCGUAUAACCAAUACGGCAAAUCGCUCAUGUCUAUUCAUAAGGCUGCUUGGAAUCCCAAUCGAUCUACAUCAGCUUUUCUUGCUACGGGCGGUGCAGCUGGUCUGUGUCGAAUUGACUUUGAAGGAAAGGGUAGCAAAUGGAAUUAAACUCCCACAGCUGAUUCAGCAUAUACCUUUCCUUUGCACAUUCAUUACGUUACAAGCAUAUUUUAAUGACAGCAAAUAGCUUGCCAUUGGUGACCCAUCCAUAUGAUGUUGUACAGUGUGGUUAGCAACUUUGGUUCCAUUUUUUUCUGUAAA